GAAAAACAACAAAGACUGUAGAGGUAGCAGAAGCCUGGUCGAUUAGUGAAACUAUGUCGAUUGUUGUGGAUGUCAAUAGAUUCAAAAAUGUUACAUCUCAAGGUCCAAAUAUGAAUGGAAUUUCGAGUACGAGCACACACGGUGAAAACAAUAUUGAGAAGUUGAAGAAGGCCGCUCAAGAUGGGGAUGUAGAAAGACUCUACGAGUUGAUAGCAGAAGAUCCAAACAUUCUAGGCCACUUUGAUAAAGUGCCUUUUUGCGAGACGCCACUACACAUUGCAGCUGAAAAAGGCCAAACUCAUUUUGCAAUGGAACUAAUGACCCUGAAGCCUUCGCUUGCAUCAAAGCUAAACGUGGCAGGUUACAGCCCGAUGCAUUUAGCUCUGCAAAACAACCAUAGACGAAUGGUGAGAGGGUUUGUAGCAAUCCACAGCAGCUUAGUCAGCGUUAAGGGAAGAGGAAGGGUUACUCCUCUGCAUCACGUGGCUCAAAUAGGUGAUGCAGAGUUGUUGAGUGAGUUCUUAUUUGCUUGUCCUUCUUCCAUAGAAGAUUUAACGAUUAAGUGUGAGACAGCUGUGCACGUUGCCGUGAAGCAUGGGAAGUUCAUGGCAUUUAAUGUUCUAUUGGGAUGGCUCAAGAGAGUAAAAAAGGAGGAAAUCUUGGACUGGAAAAAUGAAGAUGGUAACACAGUCUUCCAUAUUGCUGCAAUGAUAAAUCAUACUGAGGUGAUGAAGCUGCUGCGUAAAACCGUUAAAGUAGAAGCCAAGAACUUGGAUGGCAAAACUGCGAUGGAUAUACUACAACCUGAUCAAUCUCGUUUGCCAAUAACAAGAAGAAUUAUCAACUGGGUUAAAGACAGAACUGGUUAUGGUUCGACAACGACUCUUGCAGUAUACUUAAGCAGCAAGCUAUCGAUUAUGGAGAGACGUAACAAUCUCUUGGGGCUGAGUAAUCUCAACUUGACAAGAAAGACGUCUCCAAACACUAGCGAGCGCCGGGAUGCAUUACUUGUAGUGGCUAUACUGAAAGCCACAGCUACAUACCAGGCCGGUCUCAGUCCUCCUGGCGGAUUUUGGCAGGAAAAUUCCUCAAAGCCUAGCGAUGGAAAUGGUCACAGGGCUGGGCAGAUGACUAUGGAAUUCAAGAAUGCCUUUGUGUUUAUUGUCCUUAACGGGCUUGCCUUCUUAUCAUCUCUAUUUGUGAUCAUUAUGCCAGUUGUUUUUGAAUUUGGGCGUUUGGAAUACCAAAAUGGAAAAAAUAAUCUAUCCGUUGCUCAGUUUGCUCUUUAUCAAAAAGCUCUCUCUUUCUUGUUUGCGUUAUUUGUAAUUUCUCUGUUACCCAAAGGGAUAAGAAAUUUAUAUAUUCGAACGAUGGAUGUACUUUUCUAGUAUUCUUUAUCAUUUUC